AUGGACGAAAAACUGCCUGAAAGUGUGGAUGUGGUGGUUUUAGGUACGGGGCUACCUGAAGCGAUUUUAGCAUCGGCUUGUGCUCGAGCCGGAUUGUCGGUACUGCAUUUGGAUAGAAACGAAUACUACGGUAGUGAUUGGUCGUCAUUCACAAUGACAAUGAUACACGAGGUGGAAGAGAACAAGGUAUUCCUAGGCCAUCACAAAACUUCUAGGCCAUCCUUUCAGGUUCCAAAACUCUCCGAAGAGGAAAUCUCAAAGCUGUCCGCACAUCUUUUGGAAUCCGAAAAAUUAGUGGAAUUGGGAAAUCGAGAAGUCAUAGAAAAUAUCCAGAGAACGUGGAUUCCACGAGAUUCAGAUGACGUGCCCAUAAAGCAGAAGUUGGAGGAGAUGGGACAAAUGCGAAGGUUCUCGAUUGAUUUGGUGCCCAAGAUUCUGGUUUCCAAGGGGAACAUGGUCCAAACCCUUUGCGAUUCCCAAGUCUCUCACUAUGCCGAAUUCAAGCUUGUCAAUCGACAACUCUGCCCGACCCAAGACAAAAACACUGAAAAUUCAGCAAAAAUCAUGCUAAAUCCAGUACCCUGUAGUAAAGGAGAAAUCUUCCAAAGCAGCGUUCUAUCAAUUCUCGAAAAGCGCGCUCUAAUGAAAUUCAUCACAUUCUGCACACAAUGGAGCACAAAACCCACAGAAGAAGGCCGUCAACUGCUUGGCGACUAUUCGGACCGCCCAUUUUCAGAGUUUCUUGCUCAAAUGGGCGUGGCUGAGACUUUACAAAGUUUUAUUAUCAAUACGAUUGGAAUACUGCAACCAAAUCCGACGGCGAUGAGUGGAAUGCUGGCGUCCUGUGAAUUCAUGGAUUCUGUCGGACACUUUGGUCCAUCUCCUUUCCUCUUCCCUCUCUACGGCUGUGGAGAGCUCUCGCAGUGUUUUUGCCGACUAGCCGCAGUUUUUGGAAGUCUCUACUGUCUUGGCCGACCCGUUCAAGCUCUGGUUAGGGAGAAUGAUCGAAUCACUGCUAUCAUCGCCAACAACGAGCGCAUCAACUGCCGCCACGUCGUCAUGUCUCCUAGAUUCGUUCCGAAAGACGUACCGAUUCAGAAUGUACAGAAAAUCGAGCGAGUGGUUUUUGCAACAGAUAAAUCUAUCAAAGAAGUGGAAAAAGAGCAUUUGACACUGUUGAAUUUGGCUUCUCUUCGACCGAAAUCCACGAUUUCUAGGCUAAUUGAAGUCGGUUUCGAGGCAUGUACAGCGCCAAAAGGGCAUUUCCUGGUUCAUGCUACUGGUACCCAAAGUGACGACGACGAAAAAAGCGUGGAAUCACUUGCCGAACAAAUAUUUGAAGAGUCCCAAGUGUCACCUUACUGGAAGAUGUCGUUCACAGCGAAUUCGAUGAAAUUCGAUGCGGAAGGGGCGGGGCUUGGGUCGAAUGUCGUCGUGGCACCUCCAGUAGAUGCCAAUAUUCACUAUUCCAGUGUUAUUAAGGAGUGCCGAAAACUGUUUUGCUCCACUUGGCCGGACCUAGAUUUUCUGCCUAGAGCUAUCAAGAAUGAAGAGGACGAAGAAGAAAAAGAGGCUUCUGAAAGUUCUGAAACCGUUUGA